UCUCCACUGCUUUCUUUCAGUCAACUCGCCGUUCCCAUCAUACUGUUGGCGAGCAGUUUGCUAUCUAUUGAGGCACAAAUCGCCUCGCUGGGAAUAUGUCCAGAUGUGCCCAAGCAGCACGAUUUUCAUCCCGAACGAUUUGUUGGUCUUUGGUACGAGCAGGAGCGAUAUCCAAAUGUGUUUGAGCUGGCGGCAAAAUGUGUCACCUCGGAGUACUCGAUGAACGCGGAUACCACGUUUACGAUCACGAAUAAGCAGAUUAAUUCACUGACUGGCAAUGAAAGCAAGUACUUCGGUUCAGCAAGACGGACAAAGAUUUCAAAGUAUCAGGUCAAAUUUCCAUUUGCAUUUAAUCAUGAGAAACCAUACUGGAUCCUUGGAACCGAUUACCACACAUAUGCUGUAAUCUACACGUGCUCUGAGUUGGGUCUAUUAAACAUGAAAAACAUAUGGAUCCUAACGAGAGAACGGUUUCCGAUAAAGUCUAUUUUGCACAAGGCGUACACAAUUAUGGAACUCGCCCAGCUGAAUCGUUCGCUACUCCAGAAGACCGAUCAAAAGCACUGUGAACCCGUGAGGAAGCAAGUUAGUAAAUAUCCCAUGGUGCUGAUUGGGUGAACAAUCUUUUGGUUGUUUGUAUCUGUCGAAUACUGUUACGUUAU